UCACGUGGACUUCGGACGGAGAGACCUUUAGAAUUAUAGAUUUUAUUUAUGAUAAAUUUACGAUGUAUAACCUCAGAAUUCGACAUGCAAGGCAAGUAGUUUUAGUUUGUAAUAACGGCGAGCGAAUUUUAACGGGAAACUCCAUGAAAAAGCUGGCUAUUGUCGAAGGAACAAAGGACAGAGGUGUGUCUGUUGUCGUCGAUAGCGCGGGAAAAAUCGAAUGUAUUGAUUUUGACGAGAAGGUAGAUCAAGCCUAUCAUGACCAUAAGUUCAUCGAGGAAAUAGAUGCGUCUGGAAUGUGUGUCCUGCCUGGCCUUGUUGAUGGUCACACUCAUCCAGUAUGGGUAGGUGACAGAGUGCAUGAAUUUGCCAUGAAGCUGGCUGGAGCUACAUAUAUGGACAUACAUAAGACUGGAGGAGGAAUAGGCUUCACUGUGGAGCAUGUGCGCAGGGCUGCUGAAGAAGAAUUAUAUGCAUCAUUAAGAGAACGACUUCUGAGAAUGUUAAGAUCUGGUACAACUUUGGUUGAAGCCAAGAGUGGCUAUGGUUUAGAUGUAGGCUCUGAGAUGAAGAUGCUUCGAGUUUUAGAAAAAGCUAAAAAGGAGUUACCAAUUGAAAUAUCCAGCACAUUCUGUGGAGCACACUCUGUACCAAAAGGAAGUACUUUGGAAGAAGCAACUGAUAAUGUGAUCAAUCAUCAGUUACCCAAGCUUCAAGAACUGAUGAAAAACAAAGAAAUACUUGUUGACAACAUUGAUGUAUUUUGCGAGAAAGGUGUGUUUGGUAUAGAUGAAACCAAAAGAAUACUUGAGGCAGGAAAAGCUGCAGGUCUGGCAAUCAAUUUUCACGGUGAUGAACUCCAUCCAAUGAAAGCUGCUGAGCUAGGGGCUGAACUCAAGGCUAGAGCAAUAAGCCAUCUUGAAGAAGUAAGUGAUGAAGGAAUUCAAGCCAUGUCUGCAGCAUCAGUCAUUGCUGUGCUCCUUCCCACCACCGCAUAUAUCUUACGACUAAAAUGUCCUCCAGCCAGGAAGAUGAUUGAAUCAGGUGUACCAGUAGCUCUUGGCUCUGAUUUUAACCCUAAUGCCUUCUGCCUCUCUAUGCCAUUAAUAAUGCACCUUGCUUGUGUUAAUCUGCACAUGACAAUGGAGGAAGCUCUGACAGCAUCCACCAUCAAUGCAGCAGCAUCUGUGGGUCGGUCUCACACUCAUGGAUCACUGGAACCAGGAAAAUUUGCUGACAUGUUGAUUAUUAAUGCCCCAAGGUGGGAGCAUCUAGUUUAUCAAUUGGGUGGCCAUGAUGAUGUCAUCAAGUUUGUAAUUAAAAAUGGAAAAAUUGUACACAGCAGAUCUUAUUAGAAUAUUUGCUAACUGGGUGACCCUCAUCUUCACUGCUGUGUGCCAGGCCUUCAUCAUUAAACCUCAAGGGAUAUAGAUUUCCAGAGAAUGGAAUAGGAUGAAGCUCAAGUUCAUAAUAGGUAAAAGGCAGUAGUACCAGGCAACUGUAUCCUGAUGAUUGACACAUACAGGUUCGUACGCGCCUUGAAAACCCUUGAAUUUCAGGAGGCCGAUUUCAAGGCCUUGAAAGUACUUGAAUUUCGUUUUGGGUCCUUGAA